CCACAACCAGCAAACCCAAGACAAACAUCUUUUUUCUCUCUCUCUCUCUCUAGUGUCCUUGCACACAUAUAUAUGCAUUGUGACCAGAGCUCAAAUUAACGAAGUCUGGUCCAAAAAUAUGAUGAAGCAAAACUUAUAUUUUCUGUUACUUCUUCUUGUUGUUUCCAUGCUCAUGUCUUCACAAGCAUCUGCUCGUUUCUUAGCAAACAACCAAGAGAAAGGGGAGGUAAAGCUCCCUAAAACCAUCGGUGGAGAUUCUAUUGACAAGAUGGAAACUACUGAUGAUUCAAAUAAGUUGAUGGGAGAAGAGGAAUGUGAUGAUGGAGAUGAAGAAUGCUUUAAGAGAAGGGUUAUUGCUGAGGCUCACCUAGAUUACAUCUAUACUCAACACCAUAAUCACCCUUGAGAGAAACUAACUACUUAAUAAGCACUAGUGUUUCUCUAACCCAUAACUAUUUCCCAGAUCUUUUACAACUCUUAAACAUAAGCGGAUUCAGAAUUUUGACUUUGUGAAUUCUGAAUUUUAAAAAAGAUAAUUUAUUGGGUUGUAAAUAAAUAAUUUUAGGAUUAUGUUUAAGGAUUUUAGUACUACUUGUUUCAUCCAAGAAAUCUAGCAAGUAUACAUAUACCAUGGUUGUUGCUAUUAUGUUUACUUAUUUCAUCCAGGAAAUGUAGUGAAGUAUAUGCCAUGGUAUAGCAUAAAUCCCUCUUUGUGCUUAUC